CCUCUCUUCGUUGAUGAUUAGUGUCGUGUGAUGGAAGAGGAAAGCAACCUCGCGAAAUGGCUUGCACGAGAAGCUCAUCUGAGCCAUAAACACGAAGAAAUUUUGGCCAAACGUGAGAUGUUGCUUGCAGAAAAUGAGUCACGUAUGAGUUCACAGCAGAAGAAACUUCAGUUGACUACACAUGACUUUCAGAGAACUAAGGCAAGAAAUGAGCAGUUAGUGCAGGAAUUGAAAGCACUUCAGAGUGGAUUGGGAAAAAAGGCAACCAUGUGUACUAGUAAUGCUCAGUUUAUCAGUCUCCAGGAAAGUUAUUGGAAAAUGGUUAAACAAGAAUAUCCCCGGUGGAUAGCAGGAAAUGAAGCUUGCAACAGCAAGGAACAAAAGGAAAGGCAGUAAGAUCUCAGACAUUGGUGUAUAUUGAUAAACUAUAUGCAUCAGCAUUGGCUCAGGAACUGGUCGCCAAAAGAUCAAACAUCAGAAGGAAUAACUAAUUGCCUGUUUGGCAGGAGGGUUAUCACUGACUCAUGUAUAACCUGAUAGACACAGGUUUCUGUCUGCAGACAGCAGAUCAGGGUAGUUGCAUCCCUGGAAUGUGUAAAUUAAAGUCUAGGUAUACCAUUUGCUUAUUUCAAAUUUAUCUGGCUGUGUUACUCACUGAGCAUUUUCAGGCCUGGGUCAUGUCCAAGUUUGCUGGUGCAAUAACACCACAGGGACCUGUUUUCUUGAAAGUUGUGGUAACUUUAAGAGCUAAAAUUCCUAUUUUAAAAUCUAAAUCUAUAGAAUAAUAGGUCAGCUUUCAGCCCAAUAGCCACUUUCCUUGUAUGAACGUCAAAAACUGUAACAUCUCAAAAGGCCAUUUUCGAAAUAUCUAUAUUUUGGGCAAUUUAGCAACUUUGUAAUUUUUUAUUUCAUACACUUAUCAGUUCAAUACCAAUGCAACAAUACUUACAUGGUUAGCACCCUACAAGUUGAAUGAUACAGAGUGGACGUCUGCUUGACAACAGUGUUGUCACUCAAGUCAAAUCAACUAGGUGUUUAGGCAUCGAAAUUGAAAAGAGUUAAUUAAGUCCUUUCCACAAAAAAUGAAUCUUCUCAGGUCUUUGUAUUUCUUACCAACUACAGCGAGAGCUGAUUUUUAUUUCAAAGUAUUUUUACCAUCUGUUAUCUAUGGCUUGGUUGUAUGGGGUUCCUGCGGCAAAUCGCUCUUUGAUGAGCUGGAGAGAAUACAUGUACGUGCCUCAAAGAUCAUCUAUGGCCUGGAUCGGUACACUCCCAGCGAUCAGGUCUUAGCCCAAAGCAAGUGGCCCACUAUUUAAGAUUUAUACGAAUAUAGAUUACUUAUGUUAGCACACGACUGUUUUUAUAACUUCUUUCCCGUUCCUAUUAUGAAGCUGUUUACGAAAUAUGAGUACAACUAUAACUUGCGAAGGAAA